AUGAGUGUUUCUUCUUCUACCAUGCUCUCCUAUUUUUCACUACUAGUUGUACUAGUAAUAUUCCCUGCUUGCACCACUUGUUUUGACAUUACUAAACUACUAUCUCAAUACCCUUCUUACAGCACUUUCAGCAACUACCUCACCCAAACCAAGCUGGCAGACGAGCUGAACAACAGGGAAACCGUUACCCUCCUCGCCGUCGAUAACGCCGGGUUAGCCCCGAUCUCCGGCGAGCCAAUGGACGUCAUCAAGAGGGUGCUCAGCAUCCAUGUCAUUCUCGACUACUUUGACGUCGAGAAAUUCCACAACAUGGGUGACCAGACUAUCACCGUCGCCACUCUGUUUCAGACCACCGGCCAAGCUCAGGGGAUGCAGGGGUUCAUGAAGAUCACCGAUCUCAGCACCGGCUCCGUCACUUUCAGCUCCGUUUCCGAUCCCAACGCCACCGGCGCCAAAUUGAUCAAGGACGUUUUCUCUCAGCCUUACAAUAUCUCCAUCGUGCAGGUCAGCACCGUCAUCAUGCCACGCGCUCUGCUCGACGGCGCGCCAUCACCUUCUCCCGUACCGGUUGUUUCACCUGUUCCGGUAGCCACCCCAAUUCCCGUUCCGAUGCCUGUAGUAUCACCUGUGCCGGUACCCGCGCCCGUUCCUGUAGUUUCACCUGUACCGGUGGUGUCUCCGGUGCCGGUAGCCACACCAGUUCCAGUUCCAGUUCCGGUGGUAUCACCUGUGCCAGUGGCGGUUCCAAUACCAGUUCCGGCGCCUGCAUUGUCUCCUCCUAGUCCGACUCCGGGUUCGGUUUCAGGCCCGGGUCCUAAUGCGGGUGACGACGGAAGUGAAGCGCCGGCAGAUUUAAGUCUUUCGCCUGGUGGUGGUGCUGAUAAUGGAGGAGAGGAUCCUAAUUCAAAUUCAGGGGUGAACAAGUUAUGUGUGAACAGGGCUUUAGCUAUUCUUGUUACUUUCUUAUCAGUGUAUGUGAUGUAUAAUAAUAAUAAGAGUUGUUAG